AUGACCCUGCCACCGAACCUCUACGAAACAUCAAGCGGAAUUUUUGGUAACUAUUCUGUUGGCAUUAGAACUGGUCAGAGAUGGUUCCAAAGAUUUCGUUCAGAAAAUGAAAGCCUUCAAAAUGAACCAAGAAGGAGACCAAAAUCAGUUAUUCGGCAUGAUAAAUUGAAUGCUUUGGUUAAACGAAAUCCGAGAACAGUCCGAAAAAUCGGAUCAGACCUCCAGACAUCUCCUGCAACUGCUUCGCGACACUUGAAGAAAAUUGGAAAAGUCAAAAUGAUGGAUAAGUUUGUUCCCCAUCAACUUAAUGAGAUUCAAAGAAACAGACGCAUUACACCCAGAUUACUGAAUAGAGAUGGCCCAAUUUUGCUUCAUGAUAAUGCACGGUCUCACACUUCGCAACGUACGGUCCACAAGCUGCAAAGACGGAAUUAUGAAAUUUUGGCACAUCUUCCUUAUUCUCCUGAUAUCUCUCCUACUGAUUAUCACAUAUUUAAAUACUUCGAGCUUGCUAUACGCAAUAAAACAUUCUUAAAUAAAGAAGAGAUAAUUGUAGUAUUCGAACAGUUUGCCAGUAUAAAAGAUGACAAACUCUUUGAAGAUGGAAUAUAUGCCUUAGAGGAAUGUUCGGAUGAAGGUCAUAAAUGA